AUGACAACAAAGGAAGAGUGGUUGCAGUUGGUAGACCAAGAAGAGGGAGAAUCUCUUGCUCUUGCUCUUGUUGAAGAUAUUCUGCAGCGCUCACAACAUGUACUGUUUGAAAAACACAUUGAUGUUCAAGUGCUUCCUUAUACUGUCAAUUUUGCACGAGAUACUCUCGUUUCACUCGUCAAUUAUAGAUUCUUUCGACGUGACCCAGGAAACAUUGACCCAGAACUCUGGGAGCAAGAUGAAGAGCCAGAGCCAGUACACAUCGAUUCAUGGGCACGAGGAGCUGUUUCUACACGAACUCUAUCAUCCCAUAUUUUAAGAACAGAGCAUUCAAAACAUACUUCUGCCAACCCAAAAAAAUCUGAUAUGGUAGCAAAAGCAGUCGAACUUGUUCACAAAGAAUCGGGAACAUCAAAAAUUAAACUUAUUGAUCACGCUCCAUCAAAGACAAGACAAUCUGAAUGGAAAGCCACGCUGCCUUUAGCCUCCGUUUCAUUAAAACCCAUUACUACUCUGCAUAGCCCAAAAAGUCCAGCUCGAUCAAUCCAUAGUUCGACUCGAACAGAUAUUGCAUUUGGUACACAUGAAACAUCAAGUGUUAUUACACCACUGUCCCAUAACGCUCACGCACAUCAUUCCAACUCCAAUCAUGUUGCAUUGAACCAUCAAAACACUCCAGCCCUAUCGAUUGCUUCAAAAGGAUCAAAAGAUAAGCAUACUUUGAUAAAAAGUCAAGUCCAACACCAGAUAAAGUAUGAUUUAGAUGAAUGUGUGGCGAUUACCAAACGUACUGUGCCAGAAAAGCUCAUCACUCAAAAAACGGCGGUAGUUUUACUAGAUGAGAAGCGUUUAGCUACUGGAUUGAAUUCAUUACAGGCUUUUGGAAAAUCAAGGCAUGAUGGACCUGCAAGUGAUGCUCACGACCACGAAAGAAACCGAUCAACAAGGUUUGAUGAUAUCACAAGUGUACAAAAAAACUUUAUCCAUACUGGCCAACCCGGUCAAUCUGGUCAAAAACCUUGCACCAAACUUUUAGGCAAUCCAAAGCCAACUAAGAUUGAAUGCCCCAAACCGCCAUCAAACGUAAAACCCAAAGAGAUGGGUGGAAAUGUGCGUAGAACAUCAAAGAUCAAAAACGCAAUGCAUUGUUCCAGUCAAGAUCAAUCAAGUGUCGCCAAUCCUACUAUCGACAAAAAUGAACAUUCACAAGACCCUUUGUCAAGGACUAAAUUACUGGUAAAGUUUAAUGUUUUCCAAUGCACAAUGAUUGCAAUUCGAACCAAUGCAAAAUCGAUUUCUAAAACAAAACUAAAGCAAGGCGCAACACAUAAAGAUUCGCCACUGAUUCAAAAGAUGUUGAUUCAACCACCACACUUGCCAGAAAUCAUAUCGAAUUCACAAGAGCAACAUAAAUUCAAUAUGUCGCAGGGGGUUCUCAAAAACACAUGUGAUCUAGUAGAACCAACUACUACACAAUCAGCAUAUACACCGACUGAUGGAGUGAAACUCGCACCGAAAAGAAAUUGA